AUGGAGAUAAAAGAAGCUUGCGGGCCCGACGGAUAUCGCCGGGUAAUUAUCCCUCCACAUUUCUUUGUCUCCCUGCAAUUAUCCAUCACCAAAUAUCCACAGAACCCACUUGAGAUCCUUGAAGCCGCUCAGGAACGGUUGACGAUGGAUGUCGUCAGGUCAUCCCGGCCGGACAAGCCGUAUCAGCGCACCUACAAGGCCUGCAUUCCUUGUCGGCAAAGGAAGGCCAAAUGCGACCUAGGAACAGGCCCAGAUGGCCUCCCGAUCGGCCCACCAUGUGCCCGCUGCCGAAGGGAACUAAGGGAAUGUGUGUUCCCCGAGAAACGGGCCUGGGAAAGGUCCCGCAAACGAGCGCGAUCACCAGAGAGCUAUGAAGCCAAUGUAUCACCCCGACACACCAGACAACCUACGACGGCCUCACCUGCUAGUUCUGUUCUCGCACAAGGACAGACCCACAAUGCCCACGCAAGCGAUGUAGCCAACUCAUCCCCCGAGACCAACUUUCAUCAGGAGCGCAACUUUCAGUCCGGAUGGCCAUAUCAUCGGGAUCAAACGGGGUCUCAUCGUGGCUCCCUCGAUAACCCUUCUGUAGGACCUUCACAAACCGACCAGUCCCCUUCUCAUACAUAUGAACAUAAUAGACACCGGGCGAAUUCCACACUUGCGAGCUCUAUGAUGCGGACUGUUGUUGCAAGUGGCAAUGAUGCACUCAACAUUCUCUUCGAAGCUGCAACUGCUCAAGAAGAUAUUCAUCCUGAUACUAGCUCCGAAUCGCUGGCUGGACCUCCAUCGGCAGGACCGAGUACUCAAGACCGAACACCGGGGAACUACGAUGGCGCAUCCGAUUCUGUGGCACGGGUAAUACAUCCUGUCAGGUUAUCGGACGCCACCCAAGACACUCUCAAUGUCUGGGAGGCUUGUCGGUUUGUCAAGAUGGGUUGGUUCACUGCUAGAGAGGCUGUUACUUUUAUUGAUUUGUUCUACAAGAAUAUGUCCUGUUUAUCUCCGAUUCUCACUGAUUUCUACGCCAACCAUCGAUAUCACUACUGGCUGAUUACUCGGGAGCCUGUUCUAUGCUCCACCAUUCUCAUGAUCUCUUCUCGCUACCACGUCCUUCCCGGAGCAGGGGGGAGUCGAGGAAUUUCUUUAUUCACCACCGACUAUGAAAAAUCAACAAAAUCCAAGGUACGGAGUCUGGGUACUGUGGAGGCGCUUCUGUUGAUGUCAGAAUGGCAUCCUCGCGCCCUGCAUUUUCCGCCCGAAACGGAUGGCUGGGACGAUGAUUUGAUCCCAUCAGCACCCAUGCAACAUGAGAAUAAUAAUCCGAGCUCAGCGCCUGACAGUCGCGGGGUAGAAGAUAUCAUUGAGCCAGCACGCCGAUCUGACCAAAUGUCCUGGAUGUUGCUUGGGUGUGCGCUGUCUCUUGCACACGAGCUGGGCAUAUUCGAAACACAGGGAAGCGGCUCACCAGCAGACGAACCAGAAUGGAGAGAUCAGAUGGAAAUUCGUUGGCAGCGUGUACAACGUCUGCUAUACGUCUACAUCAAUCAAUUAGCUUGGCGGAUCGGAUGCAUGUCACCGAUCCCUCAAUCAUUAAACCAUGCUAUCCUGGGCGGACGGAAGCCAGAAGGACUGGGUCCACCGGGCAGCACGUGGUUGACGUUCAUGGAUUCGUGGAUUGAGCUUACAAAGCUAGCCAAGUCUGUUACUGAUAUGUUCUUCCCCUCUGCCGCGUUUGCACGCCAGCAACUACACAGCGGCCGAUACGUUGGCCUUCUUGAGCACUUCCGACCUCUUCUAAAUCAAUGGAAAGACAAGUACCUACAGCCCCAAGUACUUGAUCAAGCAUUCUACAACGAUCUCUUCAUCGAAUACCACUUCGUCCGUGUCUACACUCAUUCAGUGGGAAUGCAAGCAGUAGUGGAGCGUGCUGUCGCAGAGAACGAUCCCAACAACUUCGACGGAGUGCGACCCAUGACCAUCGACCCCACAGACUACGAAUACAUCCAAGAAGUAAUCGAUGGAUGUGGCCAGAUCUUGCAGAAAGUCACCCAUCUAGCCGAAGCAGGGGCUCUACGCUUCUCGCCAGUUCGAAUCGUUCUUCGCAUAACCAGCGCCUCAAUCUUCUUGAUGAAAGCGCUUAGUUUGGGCACACGGCAAGCCAAACUCCAGGAAUCAAUUGAAAUACUCGAAAAGAGCAUCAAAGCACUCAAGUCCAACGCGUUGGAUGAUGUCCAUCUGAGCACACGCUACGCCACGCUGUUAGACAUGCAUGUCUCACGCUUGCGACGCAAUCUGCUUGCAUCGUCAAAAGCCAUGAAAAGUAGUCAAAAUGCUACGCGACGAUCAUCCAUGGGGCCUCCUCCUUGGCCGGAAAAUGGUGACCAGUCAAAUCCAAUGAGGGCCCCUGUAGUGCAGGACCCACCUCCGGAUCUAGGAUUCAUCCCAUCGUUGAAUGAUAUCGGUGCAGAUAACUGGCUCUCCUUGCCUUUUGAUCCAUCGAUGGCGCCGUUUGAUAUGAGCCAUGGAUGUCAAUUUCCGAUGUAUGAAGGUGGAACAUUAGAUUUCCUCUGGAAUCUGCCAUCGUGA